UUUUCCGUUUCAGGGUUCAGCCGAAGGAAAAAAGGCCCACCUGGUUUCUGGGUCAAGCCAAGGUUUUCAAGCUUAAACCCUGAUGUAGGGGUUUAGUCAACAACUCUUUCCCUCUCUUCUACCUCCCUCUCUCUAUCCCCGCAAACUUCCCGGCGGCCGCCACCACCACAACCAUGUCUCUAAUAGCCGGCUCCUACGAAAAAUUCAUUUGGGGAUACAAACUCCGACAACCCAAAACCACCACCUCAACCGACCAAACCUUAACCCUAACCCCCCAAUUCUCCUACGCUGCCCACGUCUCUCCCAUCAAAUCCGUCGCCGUCGCAGGGGUCGUCGCCGCCUCCUCUGCCGGCGAUGACACCGUCAAGCUCUACGACCUCUCAACCUCCUCCGAACUCGGGUCACUUUUACUCGAAACCUCUGUUAAUUCUCUCUCCUUCUUCACCCCUCCUUCUCUCUCCUCCUUCCCUCGCAACCUCUUCGCCGCCGCUGACGACGGGUCCUUCUCGAUAUUCGACGUCGACCCUUUCGUCCUCCUCCAGACAAUUCAGGUUCAUAAGAAGGGGAUUAACCAUCUCUGUGUUCAUCCUUCCGGGAAGCUGGCGUUGACUGUUGGUAGGGAUUCGUGCUUUGCGAUGGUUAAUUUGGUUCGGGGAAGGAGGAGUUAUAAUUGUAGGUUAGAGAAGGAGGCUAAUAUUGUUGAGUAUUGUUCGGAUGGCGGUCGGUUUUUCAUGGCUUCUGAUGAGAAAAUUACGGUUCACGAGGCUGAAGAUGCGAAGAUAGUUGGAGAGUUUGAGUGUUCUAAGCGUGUUCUUUGUGCCGCCUCUGGCGAGAGUGGACUCAUUUUCACUGGUGGUGAAGACCGUGCGAUUACAGCUUGGGACACGGUUAGUGGGAAGAUUGCAUACAGCAUAGAAGAUGCACACAAGUCUCGUGUUAAAGGGAUAGUUGUGCUCUCUAGGGACGUGAAUUCUGGUGCUGCCGAGGAUCCGUUUUUAUUGGCUUCUGCGUCUUCAGAUGGAGUGAUCCGUGUCUGGGAUGUCCGUAUGACCAACAAGGAAAAGUCAAAGCCAUUGUCUGAGGCCAAUACGAAGUCAAGGCUAACAUGUCUGGCUGGAUCAUCUAUUAAGUCUUUGAAAAAACUACAGUUGAAGAAAGAUACUCUGGAGAAGAAUGCUGUAGAAAUGGAAGAAUCAUAGUGUGGCAUAUCCAUGAAAGUGGCAAGCUUUGUUGUUUUACAUGUCUAAAUGUGUGUAAGUAUGAUAAAUUUUGUAGAGGUGCACAUCAUGAUCGGAUGCUGUGCUCAUCUAUUCGAUAUUCGGUGGGCACAAUUUUGGCAUGUCGGAAUUUUGCAUUUGGAUUUAUUAUUGAUCUAUGGAGUAUUGUUUUAUGAGGCCCUCUA